AUGCCCACCGAACGCCCCGUUCACGACCCUGUUCAGCCCGAGCCCGCCCAAGCACAGGUCAAGCUCUGCUACACCUGCAAGAGUCCCCUCUCGGCCGACGCCCCCGGCGUCCUCCUCUCCCAUGAAUCAGACUCCCUCGAGUCCUCGUCCCUCGACACAGUUCCCGUCUGCGCGUCAUGUCGCACCCGCUCUCGGGACGGCUCGUUUGCCGACGUCGAGUGGGCUCUUAUGCGUCGUGUCGCAUCAUUGCAGCCUGCAGGCAACGAGGCUUUGGUCCACGAGCAAGCCCAGCCAUCGCCCUCGCCUCCCCCGAUGGGCCUCCCGACUCUCCCGGCGCUCGAACCAAGCCUUUCGCAGGACGUCCCUAUGGAUGCAUCCUUCCCCACUGCCCGCCUUCCCGCUCUGCUUUCCGCGCCGUUCGACGCAGUUACGACCUCUCCAUUGCCAUCACACCGCUCCCUACAACCCCCGAGACCAUCAGCUGUCUCUUCGCCUUCAAGCACUUCUCGCCCUCUCCUCGCCAUCGAAACCGCGAGCUCCUCCUCUCCGUAUCAAGCGCCGGCCGCCUCUCGCUCCGAGUCGUCGUAUUCCAUCCAAAUCAACCAUCCUUCUAAAUCAUGGGAUGCUGAUCCUCUGGUGGAUAUCACCCGCCUCCGCGUCCGCUCGCAAGGCCACCAUUGUCUGUACCCCGGCGCCACCUUUCAGGGUACGCAGAAGAGCGGCAGGAAUAGCUACGAUGUCAAUGUGACCAUCGUGGACGUUGACUUUGCCUCGUCACACUUGUGCGGAUACCUCCGCAUCCGGGGGCUUACGGAUGACUGGCCUGAGCUCACGACCUACUUUGACGCCGAGAUUAUUGGCGGUCGGUAUGGAUUCUUGACACGCAAUUGGGGCGCAACGGAGCAGGAGGACAUGGUUCAUUGGGCACGGUUCCCUGCCUUCCGGCACGUGCGGAAUGAGCUGAAGAAGCCCCACUACACGAUCCCGGACGCCCUUAGUCGCGGCGCUGUGUUUAUGCGCUGGAAGGAGAAGUUCUUGGUACCCGACCACCGUGUGCAGGACAUCAACGGUGCUAGUUUCGCCGGUUUCUACUACGUAUGCGUGGACUUCAACCCUCAGCAGUCCAGUAGUGCUCCGAUUACUUUGCCCGUGGAGGAGAGCGGAGGAGACUCCCCGAUGAUGACGACACCCACCACGACCUUUGUUACGAAACCCGAUACCCCAUCCCGCUCCCGGCGCAUCUCCGUCAACCGUGGAGCACGCAAGGCUGGCCGAUCUGCCUCGCGAGGCUGCCCCUCUAAUGUUGCGACCAUGAGCGGGUUUUACUUCCACCAGAACUCUGAACCGUACCAGCAGCUGUCGUUGGUGCACGUCCCCGAGCACACCAGCUCGUCCUUUGAGUUCCGAUGA